UUGCUUGUUUCUACUUUCUCUUGUGCUGCAUUCCCUGGUUACUUCAGAUAUUGUCCGUAUUUUCGCACUCGUGCAGUGUUUGAACAGGCUGAAUUCGUUCUUCUGCCGUACAAUUAUUGCCUUCGACGCCGACAUAACAUUGAACGGAAAGGGAAUAUUGUUAUUUUUGAUGAAGCGCACAAUUUGGAAUCGGUAUGUGAGGAAUCGGCAUCGGUGUCAUUCUCAACAACGCAGCUUUCGGGCUGCAUCCGAGAAGCAAAAAAAGCCUUGGAGAUGGUCGUGAAUGAUGAAGAAAUUCGAACACGAAUGGUAUGUUACAGUGAUAUAAUAUUAACAAAAAAAAGAAACAUUAAUAGCAAUGGCAAAAUUGAAAUGAUAACAAUAACUAUGCAUAAAAACAUAUAACA